AUGGACACUGGAGCCCGAAUCAGCGUUGUUCCCCCAACUGCAGCUGAUCGUCGUUUCCCUAGCCCUGGUCUUCACGUCCAAACUGCCAACUGCUCCCCCAUUCCCACUUUUGGCAGUCUGUCCCUCACCCUGAACAUUGGCCUUCGUCGGUCAUUCACUUGGAUCUUUGCGAUUGCUGAUGUCCCUCAGGCAAUCCUCGGCUCGGACUUUCUUGCCGAGUUCGAUCUCCUUGUUGACCGCGGACGUGCCCGUCUCCUCGACUGCACAGUCGGUCUGUUUGUUCGUGGACUAACUUCUUUUACUGCCCCCACAACUCAUCUUUUUUAAAUACGGAUACUGAUAGCACCUUUUGGCAACUACCUCUUAGUCAUUUCAAAAUAAUUAACCAGCAGUUUCGCAGUGGUGAGGUUCAACAUGAUGUUGUGCACAGUAUUCGGAGCUUAGGCCGCGAAGGCGGAAUUUGAACGCAAGCUGCAACUGGGAAUACUUCGACCGUCUGAGAGCCCUUGGUCGUCCCCACUGCACAUGAUGCCCAAGGUGACAUCAGGCGACUGGCGACACUGUGGCGACUAUCAGGCCCACAGCAGCGAUACCAUUUCUGAUCGGCACUCCGUGCCUCAUCUUCAGGACUUUCCUGGAGCCCUUUUCGGCAAAGCGGCUUCUCGAAGAUUGAUCUGGUGCGUGCUAUUCAACAGAUUCCAGUCGCACCUGAGGAGAUCCUUAAAACAGCCGUCAACACACGCUUCGGUCUUUUCGAGUGCAUUUGCAUGUCGCUCGGUCUCCGUAAUGUCGCCAAAACGCUCUAGAGUUUCAUCGACCAUGUCUUUCGUGGCCUGUCCUUUGUGUACGCCUACAUUGAUGAGCGCUUGGUGGGCAGCCACAAUGAGGAAGAACAAAUAGAGCAUCUUGCGUUGGAGUUUGAACGCCUUGAUAGGUUUGGCGUUGUCAUCAACACCAAAAAGUGCGUGUUGGGUGUGCCUUCGUUCAAGGGCCUCGGCCAUCAGGUCGACACUGAAGGAUUACGUCAACUACACUCCAAGCCCGAAGCAGUGCGAAAUAUCCCACCACCAACCUCCAAGCGAAAGUAGCAGCGAUUCCUCGGCAUUGUCAAUUUUUACGGCCAGUUCCUACAGAACCGUGCUGACCUCAUGCUGCCGCUCACCAACAUGCUUUCUGGUCCCAAAGGCCCCCUCAAGCUGAUUAGUGACGCGCUGACUGCUUUUGAAAGUAUCAAGAAUUCCCUUGCCGACGCCAGUUUACUCACGCAUCCCGAUCCCGAAGCUCAGCUGUCUCUGAUGGUUGAUGCUUCGACCGUAGCCGUAGGUGCAGUCCUUCAACAACACCUUGCUGGUUCGACUCGACAACUUGCCUUUUUCUCCAAAUCAGCUCUUACCAGCUGAGACACGCUACAGUACGCUUGUCGAUGAACUACUCAGGAUGUCACUGUUUUCGCUGACCACAAACCGUUGACUUUUGCACUUCGUUCCCACUACGACAAGUACAAUCCGAGGGAAAUCACCCACCUGGACUACAUCUCCCAAUUCACCACCGACAUCCGCCACAUUGAUGGCACGAACUAUGAGGGGGCUGAUAUGCUGUCUAGACCCUCAUUGUUUUCCCUCCAACUGUCACACGGGACCGAUCUUUGCGUCACGGCGGCUGAGCAACAGCGAGUCGGUUGUCCUGGUGACGACUCUGUUAGUGGUCUUCAACUCAAAGACGUCCCUCUGACCACCGGCUCUGGUACUAUAGUUUGUGACGUCUCAACUCCCUUUCAUCGUCCUUUUGUGUCGGCCUUGAUGCGUCGAGCUGUAUUUCAAACUUUGCAUGGACUCUCCCACCCUGGGUUCAGAUCAUCUCAAAAACUCCUCGCGGAAAGGUUCGUCUGGCCUGGCAUGAACAAGGACGUCAAAGUUUGGACCCGGUCGUGUCUGAGAUGCCAGCGCAACAAGGUGCAGCGUCACAACAAGUCCCCACCAGGCACUUUCCCCAGUCCCGAUGCACAGUUCAGCCAUGUGUACCAGGAUGUCAUAGGCCCUUGCAUCCAUCCAAUGGCUUCACUCACCUCCUUACCUGUGUCGAUCGAUAUACCCGCUGGGCUGAAGCUAUUCCUUUGCCGAAUGUGCUGGCUGAAACCAUCGUGAAGGCCUUCGUCAGUCGUUGGGUUGCCAUGUUCGGUGCCCCAUCCACGGUUACGACUGAUCGUGGUGCCCAGUUUGAGUCGGCACUCUUCCAAACGCUACUCAAUUUCCUUGGCUGCACACGCAUUCGGACGACAGCCUACCACCCAGCUGCCAACCGUAUGGUUGAACGUUUCCAUCGCCAGCUAAAGACCGCCUUGCGUGCCGUAGAAGACCCAGAAAACUCUUCGGACAACCUUCCUCUUUCAUUCCUCAGCAUCCGCGCAGCUCUGUAG